CUUUUUCAGACUGUACAAAGGAUUAAAUCAGGAUUAAUGAAUCAUACAGAGGUUAACCAAACCGAUCAAUGCCUGCAGUUUGUCUGUCCAGAGAGAUCUGUAUCUACUGCAGUUUAUGUGUUUCUGUAUAUCUGUGCAGCUGCUGUAGUUCUGUUAACAGUGUUUGGAAAUCUGCUCAUCAUUAUCUGUGUUUGUCACUUUAAGCAGCUCCACACUCCAACUAACAUGCUCAUCCUCUCUCUGGCUGUAUCAGACUUUCUGGUUGGAGCUCUCGUGAUUCCUGUAUCGUUAAUAUGGAUGAUUGAAUCAUGUUGGAUGUUUAAUGCACUUUUCUGUAAAUGUUCUAUAGUGGCCUCCUAUUUUCUCACCACCACAUCUAUAUUUAAUGUUGCACUUAUUUCAGCUGAUCGGUAUUUUGCUCUCUCUAAUCCAUUUCUCUACACUGAUACUGUCUCUGUGAGAACCAUGUGUAUUGUAGUGUUAUGUAACUGGUUUAUAUUGUUGGCGUAUAAUGUAGCACUUCAGUAUUUCAAUGGACACUUUGCGGAUCUAGUGAUGUGUCCUGGUCACUGUUUUCUGGUGCUGGAUGAAAUUUGGUCUCUAGUUGAUCUUCUAUUGACAUUUGCUCUCCCCUGUUCUGUUAUUAUAAUACUGUAUGGUUUAGUUUUUGUUAUUGUAAAGAAACAUGCCACCGCUAUCAGAGAGCUUAAUACUGUGACCAGGACUCAGACAAAAAACGUGACAGACUCGAUGAAAUCAGAGAGAAAAGCUGCAAAAGUACUGGGCAUCUUAGUGUCAGUGUUUUUAGCUUGUUUAUUUCCAUACUUUAUUUAUACUGUGUUGGGUAAUGUAAUAGAAAUCGAAGUAGGAAACUUUCAGAAAGUCUUGAUGUUGGUUUAUCUUAAUUCUACUAUUAAUCCAGUUAUUUAUGCUUUGUUUUAUCCUUGGUUUAGAAAAUGUGUUAAAAUAACAUUAACUCUUCAAAUAUUCAACACAGAUUCUGCACUGAUGCAUGUCCUUUAAUUAACCGUGAACAUUUUAUUAUUGGGACAUUUUCAUUUCAUUUUAUUUUUCAAAUCAUUUUUAUGUGGUUAUAUUACAUAGCAUUUAAAAUAUAUGCAUGACAUUUUAACCAGAGGAUUCAGCUUUUAAGUAAAAUCCCAGUAUGGUUAUUAAACUUCCACACUAACAAAUCUUUAAAUGUAUAAUAAAAAGACCUUAUUUAACUUUAUUUAAUUAAUAAAAAAAAAUUAUUGUUUUUUUUUUGUGCACAGAACUUACUGUAUUUUAAACAUCCAAAACUGGCAGAUUGCAUGAGAAAAUACAGUGUUAUUAAGCCAUUUAGAAUGUUUGUCAUAAUCCUGAACAUCAUUACAAAACUGAGUGAAUUGUAAAGAAACU